AUGGCGGAUACAUUGGAAAAUAUUCACUAUAAUGCUAAUUUAGAACAUCAAAUCAAAAAGAUUCUGAACGCUACAGAUGACGAAUUUAUCUAUCGCGACUUUAUAGAUGGUAAAAUAAGUAAGAAAUUCAAAAGUUCAAAGAAGAAAUCGAAAAAGGAGGAUGCGUUCGAUAUGUGUGGAUGGAUACCACACGGGGCAGUGACUCUGAGAAAAAUUGAACGAUCUAAUACUGACAGUGCUAGGGAUCUGAACAGAGAGUUGAUAUCGUGGAAAGAACAAUGUGGAAUAAAUCCAUCAGAUCGACAUUAUUUUCAUUUUAAACAUUAUAAAGAUACGAAAAAGUAUAUAGAACAGUAUAGAAGGGAAUGUGUUUGUUUACGAAAUACGGUCAUUCCGAAAAAUAAUGAAUGUUUAGACAUUAAAAGGAUCCGCAAAGUGAAUAAAAACAAGCAUCUACGAACGACCACUACGUCUUCACCUACAAGGAAUGGCGAAUCGAAACCGGCCACGUUUAGUUACACCAAUAGAGGUGCGUCCCUGUUGACCAAGCUAUCGGAUACGGUGUAUAAUAAUGAUUAUAAUGCCGAUGAAGGUAAACAUAUGGACACACAAACCAACAAGCAGGUAGCCCAAAACACACCUCCAGAAAACCGAAUACUAAGUCCAGUUAAAGGUAUCAACUCUCCAAGAACAAUAGAUAAGUUAAAGGCAUCAGUUCAAUAUUUAGAAAAGUGUGAUACUUCUAUAAACGAAUCGGAAUAUAGUGAUGCAUCCGAACAAAGCGAUGACAACGCAGAGAUUGCGAUGCCUAUGCUCUGCUUAUCCGAUUCCAAUGAAGGCUCGACUAACGUUACCAGCAAAGAAGAUGCAGCUUUGGCAACAUUUAGCCCACAGAAUGAUCAUUUGGAUAACGAACUUAGUGAUUCUUAUAGUGACCCAAUUAGUGAUUCGUCUUGUGCUAAAGAUAGUCCCAAACCCGACCUUUCCGUGAGCACAAGGCCAGAAAAUGGUUUCCACAAACCUUUCUAUCCGGAUACUCGAUUUGGUGACAAGAAAAUUAUAACAUCUCCCGAAUUUCCUGUGGUCAAAUCCGUACCCUCUUUACCAAUAUCUGAAGUUAACAACAGUGGUGAAAAAGUUUGGAAACCGACGACCAGAAAAAGUCCGUUAAAUAGAAUGAAUGAAUUAGAAAAAGAACGACAAGUAGGCAUCAACCACCCUUUUAAAAGCAAAAAUCCUUUCCGAGAUGUCAACAGUCAAUCACGUCAUGCGGAAAAUAGGUUCGUCUCUGUUAGUGAAAACAUCAACCCGCCCGGCAAGAUAAGACCCGUAUUAAUCCAAUCACAAACCAAUACGUCUCAAUUCCCACAACCGAUGUGUUAUAGUUUUAAGGCAGACAGUGCAAAAAUACCCGAGAGGUUUGAAGGACAGAGAAAAAUAUUUCCACAAAAAUCGUCUUCAGCUUCGGACGUUUUUCAGGUGAAAAAUGACUUCAGCGAUAUUUCUCGAUCUCCAUCAACGCCUAAAAGCAUCAGAAGAGAAUCAUCGUACCGACAGAAACUUUACUUCCCAACGGAGGAGUUCAAAUCGCCACGACUAGAAUAUACAGUCAAAAAGGAUACUCAUGCUUAUGCAGAAACGCCCAUAUCGAUGCCUUCCAUCUAUAUGUAUAAACACGGCUUGCGAGUUGUCGUAAAUAAGGACAUAACGGUACAAUCAGAUAACACAUCAAAUCAGUUGCCAGCAUUGAAUGUCAAACCAUCCACUGACAAUACUACAUCCUCUAAGAAGCAAUUCCUUCAGAUUAGCGAAUACACACCAACUAUGGAUGGAAAGCAUCAUACAAGUUUGCCAGCCGUAGAUUACGAUUCUGAUGAUCAACCCACCAGCGACGCCGCACAGGAAACCCAAGCUAGGAAAGUGCUGCCUCGAAAAUUGAAGGCACAAAAAGAUAAAUUCGCAAGCUACAACAUCAGUGAUAAAAAGAUGAAGCAAUUUGUCGAGAUGAACAAUUGUGAACAAAAUUCUACGAAGAAAAAACUUCUAGAUGAUAGUCAGGGAGGACCAUCCAUUGCUAAUGGGAUGUGGUUUGAUUCCAAUGGUCGAGCCUAUGUAAGCCUAGCAGCACGAUAUGAACCAAUAAAGAAAUAA